UGAACCCGGUGGCCUGCAUUGCGCAUGCGCAGAGCACAGGCGCUUCAGCUGGUCGGCCUUGGAGCAAAGAAAUGGCGGCGCUCCGGCUGUGUGUGUGGCGGAUAAGUGGCAGAGCUUUACUGCAUUCAAAACAUCCAGCCCAGUUUUCACGAGCAAAUGUAUCCUUUUCCAGUCUGCCCAAAGGGAGGAAAGUAGCGAUCUCUACUUUAGGUGUGUUGACAGCAGGAGGAGCCGGACUUGCACUGAUUUUACAUCAGUCAGUGAAAGCCUCAGACCUAGAGCUACAUCCUCCAUCUUAUCCAUGGAGCCAUGGUGGCAUGCUGUCUGCUUUAGACCAUGCCAGUAUCCGACGUGGCUAUCAGGUGUAUAAGCAGGUGUGUGCAGCCUGCCACAGUAUGGAGUACCUGGCCUUCCGGAACUUGGUUGGAGUGUCGCACACGGAAGAAGAGGUCAAGGCCCUCGCUGAGGAGAUUGAGGUUGUAGAUGGUCCUGAUGAAUCAGGAGAGAUGUUCACUCGUCCUGGAAAACUGUCAGAUUACUUCCCGAAGCCGUACGCCAGCCCAGAAGCUGCCCGUGCUGCUAACAGUGGAGCUCUUCCCCCUGACCUCAGCUACAUCGUUAAUGCCAGGCACGGUGGAGAGGACUAUGUUUUCUCACUGUUGACUGGUUACUGUGAUGCACCUGCUGGUGUGUCUACGAGGGAAGGACUUUACUACAACCCCUACUUUCCUGGCCAGGCCAUCGCAAUGGCCCCGCCCAUCUAUAAUGAGGUCUUGGAGUACGACGAUGGCACGCCAGCCACAAUGAGCCAGGUGGCUAAAGACGUAUGCACAUUCUUGCGCUGGGCAGCUGAACCCGAACACGACCAGAGGAAAAAAAUGGGCCUGAAGCUGCUUAUGGGCUCAGCAGUCCUCCUGCCACUGGUGUACUAUCUAAAGAGGCACCGGUGGUCCGUACUUAAGAGCAGGAAGAUUGCCUACAGGCCACCAAAAUAAACUCAACUCGGAGAAGAAUUCGCAUUCGGUCUGCCAUCGGCUUCGUAUAAAACGGACAUUAUCGUAGCGUAUUGAAUUAGGGUUAUCAUUUUGUACAUUUGUCCACAUGGAUAAAGACUAUCAACCCUCUCAGUGAUGGCUCUGUGUGAGUCGAUGGACCAGCAUGGCCAGUUAUGAGCUGCAGGUUACAAUAUGUAAUAGCUUUGUGAUAUUCAAAUAAACUGUAUUUUACAAAGUG